AGCACUGGGUCCCGCCCUCUCAGCUCUAGGCUCUUCCUGGUCCCCGGAAACUGCCCUGGUCGGUCCCGGUCGGGUCCACUCCGCCUGGGGAGCUGGUUACGACUGCUGCAAGCGGGUUGUUUGCUUGUUCUGUGAGCCACAGCGUCGGGCCAUGGAGGGGGACGGCCCCGCCACCGCCGCCGCCACGGUCCCGCAGUACCAGCCGGCCUGUCCUACGCGGGACGCGUGUGUCUACAGCAGCUGCUAUUGUGAGGAAAAUAUUUGGAAACUCUGUGAAUACAUCAAAACCCACGACCAGUAUCCCUUGGAAGAGUGUUCCGCUGUCUUCAUAUCAAAUGAGAGGAAGAUGGAUUAUCAUGUCGUUCUGCUUCAUGUGUCAAGUGAAGGACAGAGCUUCAUUUAUGACCUUGAUACUAUUUUGCCAUUUCCCUGCCCUUUCGACAUUUACGUAGAAGAUGCCCUUAAGUCUGAUGAUGACAUUCAUCCACAGUUUAGGAGGAAAUUUAGAGUGGUCCGUGCUGAUUCCUACUUGAAGAACUUUGCUUCUGACCGGUCUCACAUGAAAGAUUCCAGUGGGAACUGGAGAGAGCCUCCUCCAGCGUACCCCUGCAUUGAAACUGGUGACUCCAAAAUGAACCUGAAUGACUUCAUCAGCAUGGAUCCCGACAUAGGAUGGGGAGCUGUCUACACGUUACCUGAGUUUGUACAUCGGUUCAGCAGUAAAAGCUGCUGAGCCUGAGGCUAGCAUGUGGAACUGGAAAAGUUCUAGGAUAUGAAUAAGCCAUCCUUGCAUUGAAGAGAACAGCAUGGUACAGGUGGUUUGGAGGUAUAUUUUUUCAAUUAAAUUUGAGUGGAAACAUUAAUGAACACAAAUAUAAAUGAAUGUCCCCUCCCCGCUUUUUUUUAGCUUGGGAAUCUAUCCUGGAGUUCUAUCUCCAACCCUAAAUCAGUCAGUCCCCAGUCUCAGACAUAGACAGACAAGUAAAAUAAAAACUUUCUUAUUAAUGAUAUGCCACACACGGUAUAGAGUUGCUAAGAUAUUCCCAUGACUUAUGUGUUUAGAUAUAUGAUGACCUAGGCCAG